AUGGAGGAAAAGGAAGAUCAACGAGGAGGGUUUAAUGAGGAGUGUCCAAGCAAAGAGAAUGGUGGUGAACCAAUCGGCUGCACCACUAUAGGUGAUGCUGCUGCUGCUGUGUACUUCGGCUCUCCGAACAGCGCUAAGAUGACAUUGGUUACUACGGCGACUAAAGCUAAUUUUUGCCGCCAUAAAGAGACUACCAGGACGGAAGUCGCGAACGAGGCCUUAUGGCGGCCAAAUUCACGCAAUGAUGGGGAGCUGCCCCGCAGUCAAAUGGCGCCAUCUACCGACACCUCAAGCAGCGAUUGUUUCGAUAAGAGACGUGGACAAACAUUUUUGUCGGGACGGCUAGCCUCCAGCCCCACCCGUUUUCCUCUGCCCAUGAUGACACGGUCAGAUUCCGAUGGGUCAUUUACCUCCUUCUCUGAGGUGCCUAUAACACCGGAGUCGAAUACACAUCGAGAUUCAUGCUACGAGCAGACAUGUAUGCCAUAUUCGACGGAAAAAGUCACAGAGGCACUGGAAAAAGAGUCGAUCUUUGAGCGAGACUCCGUCUCCUGCAGGCAGGUAGGAAACGCGUUGUUGUGCUGCUGUAUCUUUCAUCCCAUUUGA